UGGUCGUUGAUUCAUUGAUUCAUUCAUUCACUGACAUGUCCACAUAUCGACAUGCACCCCGUCCUCACCCCGUCCUCUCACUUCCCCCCCUACACGCUCACAGACCCUAGUUAGUGUAGCCCUAUCUAUCGCCCCACAAACCGCUGGUCUGUGACUGUGGCUGUGCACCGUUGCAAGGCCGCGGCUCACUUGCCGCGGCCUGCAAAGGUUCACGGCCCUGAUCACAGGUCAACGGGGGACGACAAUUGAAAUAUCGCUGCUUUAUGCAUUCCAUCGAGGGGCCAUCCAUCAUUCGACAAACAGCACACGCUACUCUCGUAUCGACAUGCACUCACUGAGCCCUCCCCACUUACUCACACCAGAUCGGCACAAACCUCUGCCCCUCCCACCUGGCGCCGCAUCGCUUGACUACCCCCAGAUGCCCCCACGCAAAGGGCACUACACUACAGCCCUUCACCACCCGCAGGCCAAACCGCCUGCCCUCCUCCCGCAUCGCACGCUGCACGAUGUCAUCCAGACACACCCGCCGACCACUCACACUGCCGACCACAAAGCACUCCCUCGCCAGCUGGUCCACCUGGCCCUCGUCAGCUAUGACGUCGAGCGAGGCAGCCGAACCGACGAAAUAGCUGACGAUGGGGUUUAGGCGACGCGCCAGAGGGCACUCGCCGUCUUGCACAGGGAAGUGCAGAUCGACCGGCCGCGAGUCGACGAGAAAGGAUGCGAUCCGCCAGGCGAGAACGGGAUCAUUGAUGGGGAAGGGGGGUGGGGGCGAGCCAGGGUCGGCAGGGAGGGGGCUGUCGAGGCUCUCGAGCACCCGUGCGAUCGAUCGAGCUGAGAGCAGCGCAUCGUUGAUGGUCUCCUUGACGAGAGGUGCCAGCUCCGUGUCGAGAAACCUCCGAUAUGCACUGCACAUGCGGGAUACCCCCUCGCUGUGAUAGGGGUGGGGGAUGAGGUCGGGGGAGUCCCUCAAAGUUGGCACUGCCCCAUACUUCAUCAUCGUCCGCAGCAUCCCAUCGUCGAUAUGGUACACGUUGCGAGCCGCCAGCUUGAGCGGGGUCGACCGCCGCCCAUCCCGAUCGUUGAUCCGAGCAGCGCCUCCACGCUCGCACAGCCAUGGAAUCGUCGCCUUGUCGCUGCGAACUGCCUCAGCAGCACAGUGGAGGGGGCUGGACUCAUGGUUGUCUUUGGCAUCGACGACACGGCCGCCCCCCGUGCUGUACAGCAGCUCCAACAGCCGCCCCUGACACGACGCAUCGCCCAACGGCCGUCUGCAGAACAGAUGGAUGGGCUGUCGCUGCCUCUCGUCCAACUCGGUCACGAGGGCGGGCUCCAUGCCGACCAGCCUCUCAGCCAUCUGCAGCUUCUCGGUAUCGUCACCGUGGCCGAGGGCGACUUGAUGCAGCAGCCUCUGACCCCCGAGGACGUGCCUUGCCGAGUAGUCGAGCAACACAUUCGCCAUGGAAUAGUUGCCCUGACGACACCAGACAACCAGCAAAUCGGCACAUGACCUUCAAUGAUGAAACACCGCCUCUCUGCAUACAUACCUGUACAAGCGCCAGCUGCAGCGGGCUGCCUCGGUCAGGAUCCGAGCCGCCAGCGAGGAGUGCCCUCGUCACGCCGGCCAUGUGUGGUUUCUCCUCGUGAUACUUGACGGCCAGCAUCACCAGCGUCAUGUGCUCCGGUUGCUCCCGGCUGUGAGGCUCGCGGACACUCACAACGGUCGUGGCAUCGGCUCCCUGGCUGACCAGCCGCCUGGCACCAGCUUCAUCUACGUCACCAGAUGCGACGCCAGAAAUCAGCUGCCGUGUGGCGGUGGGCACGUUCGAUGGAAUGGCGACGAUGAUCUGAUGCUGCCCGCCAUAGAGACCGAAAGCCACCUCGUUUGUGCGCCCAAUGCCUCUUGGAGGGACUUGACGCUGCCCAGACCUGACAAUGCAAUCGGAGAGGAGACAAUCGAGCGCAGGCGGCAUGGGUGAGCCCCUUCUUGCCUUUGUUUUUCUCUGACCAUUUCUGGAAUCGUUGUGCUGCUGGGCUGCCCGCCUCACGCAGCAACAAGGCAAGCAGGUCAGGGAUGUCCAUCAAGGGCCACUUCCAUCACGCUCGGAGGGCUUCGUGAUGCCUUUCCUGCGUUUCUCCCAG